AUGGACGGUGUUGGUGUUGUUGGAAUACCUGCAUGUGGCAUUCCAAAGUCUCCCCACGGCGCAACUGCAAAUCGCUCUUUUGCCACGCUUCUUCACACCUUGGUCGUCAGUCAUGCUGGGCCACGUCGCCUCUGUCGUGGCGAUAUUCGCACAGCUCGCCUUGUGCGCGCGCAAGGCGCCAGCCAGCAACAGCAGGGCCGUCAAGGCGGCGCGCGUGCCCGCGGGGUUCUCCAACUGCAUCUUCUACGACGACUUUGCGACAGCGAGGGAUCGCUGCCGGACGCGUCGAGAUGGGCCGUCGACCUGGGCACGCAGUACGACGGGGGGCCCGCGCAAUGGGGCACCGGCGAGGUCGAGACGUACACGGACGACUGGCAGAACGUCCGCAUCACGGCCGACUGCACGCUCAAGAUGACGCCGGUGCGCGGCGACGACGGCUCGUGGACCUCGUCGCGCGUCGAGACGACGGCCGGCUGGGACUUUGCCUGCGCGGCCGGCGAGCGCCUCCGCGUCGAGGCCGGCAUCAGGCUGGGCGACAACCCCGAGGCCAGGUCGCUCGGCAUCUGGCCCGCCUUCUGGGCCCUGGGCUCCGACUACCGCGGCAACUACCAGAACUGGCCGGCCGUGGGGGAGGUUGACAUACUCGAGAGCGUCAACGGCCUCGGCAGGGUCUGGCACGCCGCCCACUGCGGCGCGAACCCGGGCGGCGCGUGCGACGAGCCAAGCGGCAUUGCCCGCGUCACCGACCCGUACGAGCGCGGGGCCUGGCACACGGUUGCCUGGGAGGUUGACCGGUCGGGCUGGGGCCAGGAGUCCAUGAGCUGGUAUGUCGACGGGGAUGUGCAGUGGACGCUGUGGGAGGAGGAUGUCGACGACGCCGAUGCGUGGCACGCCCUGGUCGCCAACAGCAAGAUGAUUUUGCUGAAUGUUGCUGUUGGCGGCGGGUUUCCCGACGGCGUCUCGGGCACCACGACGCCCACGUACGAUACUCUUGAUGGCGACGGCGCGAGCAUGGAGGUUGAUUACGUGGCUGUUUACUUGGAGGGUGGGUGGUGA